ACUAUUGUGUCUUUAUGUGUAAACACUUGGCUUGCUGUUUGGAACUGCUAAAAUCAUAUUUUCUGUUUGCAAAUGUUGUUUACAAGUCUUGUUGCUGAUCUGAAUCAUGGCUUACCAUCUCCAUUCUGGCUAAUACUUCAUAUAUAUCUAUCUCUCAGAAAUGUUUUUCAGUAUCAGACAUGCAUGGUGAACUCUGCAGCUUUUUGGAGUUGUGUUGGGUUGGAACCUGCAUUCAUUACCUUUCUUUUAAAGAACCAUGAUAGAUGCUGUGACUGUAGUUUACAGGCUAUUGGUGGUUGGUUCAUUCCCGUUUGUAACUCGGAAUCAAGCUUCCUUUUAACAAAUGAUGGUGCUACACUCCACUUUCUUUUACUCAUGAUGUCUCUUGUUGGUGGCCUUUAAAGUAAUGUAAUUUACUUAACACCACUAGAAAAAUCGCAACUUGGUAUUCCUCUCGCAAACAUUUAAUAUCCUACAAAGUUCUUAAACUUUGAUGCUUCCUACCACAUUUAUGCUUAUGAGGCUCACUGUUUGUAUAGUAUUUCCUUUGUCCAAAGUAAAUCAAGAAAAUUCCAUAUGUUGGCAGGCUGGAUGCUCUCAAAGAACAUUGCUUCUGGUAUAUUACCAUCAUGUCAACUACCUUUUUCCGUUACAUGCUGCAGAUAUAUUUAUGCUGAUUCUUCCUGGAACUGCACUUGUCGGAUGAUUUAGAAUCUCACAAAUGUUUUUAGCUGAGACUUCUAAAAGAAGCUAGACACACAAUAAUGCUCUUACUUUAUUCCGUGUAAUCGAUAUUCAUUAUCCUAUUGAUCCAUCCUGAACAAACCUGCAAACUUCCACUUCCACUUUUGAACUUUGUAUAAUAUGUUACUUGUCUUCCAUUAUUAUUUAUGCUAUCUUUUGCAUCUUGAGAUUAUGCUGAUUCUUGAUGAACCUACUGUUGCUGUUACCAUCUUACAUGUAAUUUUGUGCUAGGACUAUUUUUCAGAUAUCGAAAAAGCUAACAUCUGCAAGCUCAGUGUUUUCUUCAUAUCAACCAAACAGAUGAACAGAGUUCAUCCACUCAGUGUCCUUCAACUCCACUUUUGUCACUUCAGGUAAACAUCUGCUAGCCUCAGUCAUUUCUUUUCCUUUAUCUGAAGCUUCUAAAGGAAAGCUGCAGAUCAGCCAAAGGCCAUGGGUGCAUUUCCAAUGCAUCAGACAA